ACUCGUCCAUUCUUGCGGAUAUAUCACUUCAUUUCACUUCUUUUCUAACGGACACUUCGGGAAAUCUCACUUUCUUUUUCUCGUCACUUUCACAUUUAUCAAGAUAAUUUACCGUUUGUCUUCAAGUAUAAAAGAGCAAUUUCAGAGCGUCCUACAAAAAUGAGGGUGUUAUUUUGCACCCUCGUGGUGGUUGCUGCAACAUCGGCACAAUUUUUUUCAAUGGGAAAUAAUCGAGAAAAUUAUUACGAUCAGUUUGGUGUUAAAGACGCAAUAAGUUCGUGGAGUGAUGCAUUGAAAAAAAUCGCGAUGAGGAAUAAUCCGAAAUACAAUGCCCCAAGUAGAAGCUCGUUUACAAUCCCACCACCUACUUUCAAAGCAGAAGACCUGGACAUGAACAAGUUGAAACGUGGAAAAGGAGAUAGUAUUAUUAACGAAAAAAUGUUGACGCUUUUGCUUCCCCGUGUAAAAGGACAAAAUCCGUUCACUACUACUUCCACAACUACCACCACAACAACACAGAAACCAACAACCAGCACAACAACCACAACAACAUCUACAACUCCAGUUCCAACAACAACCACCACCACGGAAGCAGCGACUACAACUGUUCUCACAACUACAACGGAAGAGCUUCCAAAGCAACAGUUAGCAGGGAGGCUUGUCCAACCUGACAUGGAUAGUGGAGAGCCGGAAUCUGCCGAAGAUGGUAUCGACAAGAAGAAAACAGCGGAGAAAGUUGAUUUCACAACAGAUGACAAUAACGUUAGCCAGGAAGCGGAUGCGAAACCAGAUUCAACGCAUGAGAACGGAGGAGAACAUGUUUCAACUACGCCUGAAGAAUCUAUUACCGAAAAUACCACUGCUGAAGUACCAGCUUCGACAGCCUCAACGAAAGAUACCAAGUUGUCUGUUAAAAUCCGAAGUGAGGAUGAGAAGAGGGAAGAAGAUAAACUGUCCGAUGACGAGAAGCCGAACUAUAUGAAGAAGUUAGAAGAAAUUUACAAAAAGGAGGAAGAGCUGGUCGAAAGGGAGCUAGCCGAGAUGUCUGUUGCGGAAAUAUUCGAGAAAGAAGUGGUUAUAAAAACGACCAAAGUUACGCCAACAAGUACUACUACUGAAAUACCAACGACGACCACUACAGAAGAGGCAACAACCACAACUGAGGAAAUCACAACUACUACAACCAAGGCUCCAACAACGACUACCACCCAAUCUACAACAACAACCACACAGCUGCCAACAACUACCACGACCACUGAACCCACAACUACUACUACGACAGUUGAUCCAUUGGCUGAAAAUGAAGAAUUGGAAAAACAAGCAAUUGAGGUUAUGAAAUCAUUAGAUGAUGAGGAGAGGAUUGACGCUGAGAAAAAUGUCGAAGUCCAAAAGCGAAAGGAUGAGAGAAAUGCAGCAAGAAAGCGUAUAAACAAUUUCUUGAAGAUGAUGCAAAAAGCUAGAGAAAACAAGAACAAACCUCACAAGGAGACCACUACAAGUUUGGCGACGGAGCAGCCAAAAACGACCACAAUCGUUGCUUCUUCAACUGAAACCUCUACUGUUACAACUGAUGCAACUGAAGCAACAACUACCACAACUGCGCCAACAACAACUGUUGCUACGACUACUACAAAAAAGCGAUCAAAUAUUCCUGAAGCUGAAGAAGACGAGAUAGAAGAGACGGCUGAAAAAACAACAACUAAAGUAACUGAGGAUGGACCAAUUACAACUGAGUUCCCGGAAUACAUCAAGAAAAGGAAUGCAAUUGUUGGAAUCAAAACACUUACGCCAGCUCAAUUAGAAGCCGCUAUAAACGCAAAACCAAUUCCUUCGUCGGCAUCUGAAGCAAGUGCACCAUCCUCAAACGUUGAAACAGCGGAAGUAGCUGCUUCAGCUGCAGCUGCUCCAGUUGCUCUACCAGAACCAAUUGCCCCACCACAGAUAGCUCUUCCUCAACUGACUCCCGAUCAAAUUAGUCAAUUUAUGAGACCAGUCGCUUCAAUUGUUGAAGACAUGAGACCAAUCUUAGGAUCUAUCCUGCAAGGAUCAUCUGCCUCUAGAGCCCGAGCAGCCUCGGUUCGAACUUAUGAGAAAACAAAAACUCCGAAUAUAAGAGAUAUCAUGGCUGAUGGAUACUCCGAGAACUCACUUGUUGGCUUUGGAUCACAGCUGGCCAGAGAAAUUUUGAAUCCAGGAAUUCUCAAAAGAGAUAAAUUGACUCGAGACAAAGCCAUGGCCGCAAAGUUAGAAGAAGCCAAAGUAAGGAAUAAUGCUGUUGCUGAGUCUAUGGCUACCGGUGCUCCACUUGAUUUGUCCGGUUUUCCACAGUAUCAGCAAAGACCUGUAGCUACAAAUAGCAAACUGCCAUACUUUAUUCCACCACCACAGGGAUACGUAGGACCUCUUCCACCGGCUCCACCACCACCAACAUUCCGAGUUGCACCGCAAGUACCAUUACCAGUUGUUCAAACAACUCAAACCGCUCCAAAACCAACUCUUCCACCAACUACACUUCCAGUUUUGACAACCAACAAAACACCAAGAACUAAAGAUGAAGGAUAUGAACAAGGUCGUGAUGGAGUGAAGACGACGUUCCACGGAGAUUCCGGAGUAAUGACGGGAGGAGGACACAGUGCUCCAACAUUUGACUAUCUGAACAUGCCGAGCGAAUCAUUCGGUCUUGCCCCAGUUGCUCCACCAGCUCCACCACCACCACCAGCAACUCAAGCUACUGCAGCACCUGUGACAGCUCCAAAGCCAGUUGCCCCAGCUCCAAGUCCAUUUGGAGGAGGCGGUUUCGGAGGCGGGGGCGGUGGUUUUGGAGGUGGAAAUCGAGGCAAUGGGUUUGGAGGAGGAUCAGGACCAUCUGUUCCGUUUGAUGAAGUUGAGAAAAACUCAAAAACUGAUUUCUCAUUCUUUUCUUCGAACCGCAAAAAGUUAUAACCAAUAUAACCAUAACAAAAAAAACAGUUGUCAUAGACUUUUAGCCAUAAUGGAGUCCGUUAAUAAUUAAUAAUUUCAUUAAUAAGAAUGUCAAUAAUAAUGUGAUCUUUUCUAUACCUUUUGUGUUCAAUGUCUUGACUGGUAUCAAACGAUGAAUUGUGAUAAUAAAUAAUUUUACAUUAC